AUGCACGUGGUUACGAAUAGACUCCAGCUGACACUGGCCAUACUGAAACCGGAUUGUAUGGCCUGUCCACAUAUUAUAUCUGAAAUCCGAAGAUUAAUAAUGAACAAUGGAUUUCUCUUUGUCCAAACUAAAGUGGUCAAACUAAGCCGACCAGACGCUGAAGAAUUCUAUCGAAUCCACGAAGAUAAGUUUUUCUACAACAGACUUGUGACAUUUAUGUCCAGUGGUCCAAUUGGUGUUCAUAUUCUUGCUCGUGAUGAUGCAAUCAAUAAAUGGAGGAAACUUCUUGGCCCUACAAGAGUCUUAAGGACUAUCUUUGAUGAGCCAGAUUCUAUUCGUGGACGUUUCGGUCUAACAGAUACAAGAAAUUGUGCACAUGGUUCAGAUUCGGAAGAAACAGCAAAGAAAGAAAUAGAAUUUUUCUUUCCUGGUUUCAACAUUAACAAGUGGAAAGAUGAUGUUGGCCAGUUCUUGAGGGAAAAUGGAAAAGUUACCUUUGAUGAAAAACUGUGUGAGCAUGUACCAGAAAGAUAG